UUUAACCUCUGUCUCUUUUAAAAAGUCAGAUACUUUGGAGCAUCCUAACAUGGUGUGGGAAGUGAAGACAAAUCAAAUGCCUAAUGCAGUACAGAAACUCCUUCUGGUAGUGGACAAGAGAACUUCAGGGAUGAAUGAGUCACUGGAGUUGCUGAAGUGUAAUGAAAAUCUGCCCUCUUCUCCUGGAUAUGCAUCCUGUGAUGAACACAUGGAACUUGAUGAUCUUCCUGAACUACAGGCUGUGCAGACAGAUUCUACCCCACCUGCACUUUUUCAGCUCGGUGCCGAUGUUUCACAUCAGGAAUGUUCAAGGCCUUCAUGGAGCCAACAUACCUCAAACAGUGAUUCAGAAAGUGCUUAUUCCUGUGAGAAUGGGGUGAACUGGUUGACAGAAUUAGCAAAUAUAGCCACAAGUCCUCAGAGUCCUUUGAUGCAGUGCUCUUUUUAUAACAGAUCAUCUCCUGUUCACAUAAUAGCUACCAGCAAAAGUUUACAUUCCUAUGCACGUCCGCCACCAGGAUCCUCAAAGAAUGAUCCUAACUUCUCCAGGAAUGAUUUGGAUGAAACACCAGUCAGACAUGAAAGGGCGAAUAGCGAAUCAGAAUCUGGCAUUUUCUGCAUGUCAUCACUUUCAGAUGAUGAUGAUUUAGGAUGGUGCCAUUCCUGGCCCUCAACUGUUUGGCAUUGUUUUCUGAAAGGUUCUCGUUUGUGCUUUCAUAAAGGACGCAAUAAAGAGUGGCAGGAUGUUGAAGAUUUUGCAAGAUCUGAAAGCUGUGGAAAAGAGGAAAAUCUCCCAGCAAGUCCUUACAAGGGCUACGGUUCUGAUGGUUUGAAGUUGAUUUCUCAUGAAGAAAGCAUUUCCUGUGGUGAGUCAGUGCUGAAGUUGACUUUUGAUCCCGGCACAGUGGAAGAUGGCUUGCUUACAGUAGAAUGCAGACUCGAUCAUCCUUUUUAUGUUAAAAAUAAAGGUUGGUCAUCUUUUUAUCCAAGCUUGACUGUGGUACAGCAUGGCAUUCCAUGCUGUGAAAUGCAUCUUGGAGAUCUGUGUCUACCUCCUGGACACCCUGAUGCCAUUAACUUUGAUGAUUCAGGUGUUUUUGAUACAUUUAAAAGUUACGAUUUUACACCCAUGGAUUCCUCUGCAGUUUAUGUGCUAAGCAGUAUGGCUCGCCAGCGUCGCGCUUCUCUGUCUUGUGGAGGAUCAAACAGUCAAGAUGCUGAGAGAUCAGAAUGCAGUAGUAAAAACUGUGUGCCUACUGCAUCGUCACAUCUUUCCUCCAGUUCUUUGUACAGCAAAGCUGGCAAAAGCCACAGCUCAGGGACUGCAAGUACUGUGAGUGCCACUUCUCCAAACAAGUGCAAAAGACCAAUGAAUGCCUUCAUGCUUUUUGCCAAAAAAUACAGAGUUGAAUAUACUCAGAUGUAUCCAGGGAAGGACAACAGAGCCAUAAGUGUGAUACUCGGUGACAGGUGGAAGAAAAUGAAAAAUGAAGAAAGGCGGAUGUACACACUAGAAGCCAAGGCCUUGGCGGAAGAACAGAAACGUUUAAAUCCUGACUGUUGGAAACGAAAACGAACAAAUUCUGGCUCACAACAGCAUUAAAGCAGAAUUUUCCUGUUAACUCUGUAUUUACAACAUGGCUGUUGCUUGAUGGCAAGAAGAUGCAAGAUCAAGGUCUUACUAUUGUUGUGACUUUGUGUGACCAUAAAAUACUGGCACCAUCAAGUCGGACAUGAUCUAAUAGGAGUGCAGAUUUGCUUUUUACAAUAGAACAAUAAGUAAGCUAAAACUAUCAACAUUUUAAACCAAAUUGCCUUAUUUUUCUUCCAAACUUCAUACAUGUAUCAGGUAAUAUAGGCUUGAAAAAUGGAUAUCCUGUGGUGCUAAAGUACUUUAGAAAGAGGCGAAGGAGACGUGUAUAAAUGUUUAUUUUUAAAAGAAAAUGUACAAAAAGGGGAAUUUUAAAAUAUGUAACAGCUGUUUAUAUACAUUGAUUUCUUAUUGCUGAUUAAUAUGUAUUGCACAACCAUAUUAUUAAUUACGAUUCUGGGGCCUGGGAUUUUAAAAAAUGGCAAAAUGUAUUAUCAGCCUGUAGCUUCCCAGCCUGCCCGGAUGCCAACAAGUUGCUGGAACGUGCGGCAGAUGGAGAGCGUCGCGUAACGUAGCUCGGGAGCUGCUGCUUGGGUUGCCACCUAU